AUGGACGAAUGGACUUUGAUUAAUUUCCCAAACGUUGACCGGUCAGCUGUAUUCACCAAAGAAUUUUGGGACACAGUCGGAAAUAAGCUCUUUAAUAACAUUUCCCGCCGUGAUUUCGCGGCCGGUGAGCUCGUCCCAGCCUGCAGAGCACUUGUAGAAAUUCUUGCUGCGAACGAGCGACCCGCGGUAGCUGCUUUGAAGAACGCCGUUCCCGCCGCGAGUUUGCAGCAGGACACGCCCACCGCCUUCCAGCCGAACCUCGUGGCUCCGGUACCCACCAUCCCGCUAGCCCCUGCCGCCCCGUCCCCUCUCCCCGCGGCCCCUGGCACCGCACCUGCCCCCACUACCCCCCCCUCCACCCCGAUCCGCGCCAUCCCGCUGCUCCCUGCUGCCCCGGCUCCCGCGGUGUCGGCCCCCGGUUCCACCGGCGUUGCCGCAGUCCCCCUCCUCACUUCUGCCCCAGCGAGCCCGCCCACCGCCGUCCCUGCGCCCCUAUCAGCCCCUUUAAGUCCCGCCGGGCCGGCCGCUUGCCCCUGCCCACGCACGUCUCUGCCAGCUGCUGUCGUCCCAGCUCCCCUGGCCGCGGCCUCAACCACCACGUGUUCCCCACGGCGCCACGCCGCUUCCCCUCCCCCAGCGCCCCCUAUGCACGUGCCCGCUGCUCCCUUUGUCCCCCUCGGGGCUCCUACGCGGUUCCCGGGUCCAGGCGUUCCGGCGCGGUUCCCCUGUCACGGUGUACCGCCGAGGUUUCCGAGCCCCGGUGUUCCGGCAGAGCUCCCUUGUCCCGGCGCUGCUGCGCGGGACCUCGUAGAAGCUGCGCUGAACACCGCAGCCCCAGCUGCGGCCGGUGCCCCGGCGCACCGCCCGCCGCCAGCCCCGGUACUCGCCGCGGCUGUUCCCGUGUUGGAAACGGCGCCCUCCCCCCUUCCCGCCGCCGCUCCGGCCCGACCCCCCGGUCCCGCCGCCCCAGCGGCUCCGCUCAUGCCCACACGGACCCCUACGUUUGCGGCCGCCGCGCCCAGAGCCGUGCCUCCCUCCGCGCCCGCAGCGGCAGCCCAGCCUCCCGCCCCCGGUCCCCCCGGAGCGCCUCCGUUGUUCGCCGCGCCGCCGCUGCUCGCCGUUCCGUCCCGGGCCGUGCCGGCUCCGCCGCGGCCCCCUGCAUCCGAGCUGCUGCGUGGAGUCGCCCCGCCGCUUCUUGCCACCGCCGAUGCCCCGUUCCCGCCCGCGGCCGCGCUGCCCCCCGCGCCCCCAGUCCCGGCUGCGGCGCUGAUGGACACAGACAGGCAAGCCCUGCCUAGCACGUGAGCCAUUG